GAUGAUAAAUGACGAUCAUCGAAGGCCUAACUGCAAAGUCAGUCUUACAGGACCAAAAUUAGCAAUUUAUGCACUAAAAGAUGUGUACAAGGGUGAUGAACUUCGGUAUGACUAUAAAGACACAACAGCCUUCUGGCAAAGGACCCUGUGGAGAAGAAUGAAAAAACAACAGAAAUGGAUGCCGGUGGUGAAAGCAGUGUCAACAACACAGCUGAGGACACUAUUCAAGAAACAGAACAAAGUAAACAAAGCAGUCAGGAAAAACUUACAGGACCCAUAGAGGACGAUAAGAUAGAAGAAACUGAAGUAAUGGAUGCCGAUGGUGAAAACAGUGUCAACAACACAGCUGAGGACACUAUUCAAGAAACAGAACAAAGUAAACAAAGCAGUCAGGAAAAACUUACAGGACCCAUAGAGGACAAUAAGAUAAAAGAAACUGAAGUAAUGGAUGCCGAUGGUGAAAACAGUGUCAACAACACAGCUGAGGACACUAUUCAAGAAACAGAACAAAGUAAACAAAGCAGUCAGGAAAAACUUCACACUGCACCUGUAGAGGACGAUAAGGUAGAAGUAACUGAAGAAAUGGAUGCCGGUGGUGAAAGCAGUGUCAACAACACAGCUGAGGACACUAUUCAAGAAACAGAACAAAGUAAACAAAGCAUAAUUUCACAGAUGAUUAAUCUGAAGGAAAAUGAAUUAGAUACAUUUGCGGGCUUUCUCGGACAUAACAUCAAAGUUCAUAGAGAGUUUGACAGACUACCAGAAGAUACUCUUCAG